AUGGGAUUUAGUAAGUUUUCCAUGUUCACUAUUCUGUUCUUGAUCAUCAUUUUCGCUCUUGUUUCUGCUGAAGAUGAUCAGAAUGUUCGACUCGCCCAGGAACGAGUCUCGUUGCUUUCCUUCGUGGCAGCCAUUGUUGCAGACCCUGAAGGUGCACUUCGGACCUGGAACUCAACUAGAGUCCACGUCUGCAACUGGAUGGGAGUCAAGUGCAACAAUGGCAGAGAUAGAGUUGUGGAGAUUGAUCUCAGUGGAAGAUCUCUUCACGGCUCCAUCUCUCCAUCUCUUGCCAACCUUUCUUCAUUAACAGUUCUUGAUCUGUCAAGGAACUUCUUCCAAGGUCGUAUUCCAGCAGAGAUAAGCUCGCUUGUUGAGCUCAAGCAACUGAGUCUAUCAUGGAAUUUACUCCAAGGAGAUAUUCCUGUCCACUUGGGUCUUCAUCAAAAACUGGUUUAUCUUGAUCUAGGGAGCAACCGGCUUGUGGGGAAUAUUCCUCCGCCAUUGUUGUGCAAUGGGUCGUCUUCUUCUCUUGAGUACAUAGACCUCUCUAACAAUUCUCUCAGUGGGGAAAUCCCAUUGAAAAAUGGCUGCGAGCUGAAAGAGUUGAGGUUUCUUCUUCUCUGGUCCAACAGGCUCAUUGGCAGAGUUCCUCCAGCACUUUCAAACUCCUCCAACCUUGAAUGGCUUGAUUUGGAGUCCAACAUGUUGAGUGGAGAAUUGCCAUCUCAUAUUAUAAGUAAAAUGCCACAGCUACAGUUCCUUUACUUGUCCUACAAUGACUUUGUUAGCCAUGAUGGGAACACUAACCUUGAACCUUUUUUUUCUGCUUUAGUAAAUUCCUCAAACCUUCAAGAACUAGAAUUGGCAGGAAACAACCUUGGUGGGGAGAUACCUUCUAUUAUUGGUAAUCUUUCUAACAAUCUUGUACAGAUUCAUCUAGACCAGAACCUUAUCUACGGCUCAAUUCCUGCUCAAAUAUCCAACCUUAUCAAUCUCACCCUCUUGAACCUGUCUAGUAACCUUUUGAAUGGAACAAUCCCACCGGAGCUUUGUCAGAUGAGUAAACUAGAAAGGGUUUAUUUGUCAAACAAUUCUCUUUCUGGUGAGAUCCCUUCUGCCCUCGGUGAUCUUCCUCAUCUGGGUCUUUUAGAUUUGUCUGAAAACAAACUUUCUGGCUCUAUUCCAGAUAGUUUUGCGAACCUAUCCCAGUUAAGGAGGCUUUUGCUUUAUGGGAACCAGCUAUCAGGAACUAUACCACCAAGUCUAGGAAACUGCAUCAAUCUUGAGAUUCUAGACCUGUCGAACAACAAAAUCUCUGGAAUUAUCCCUAGUGAAGUAGCAGGUCUGAGGAGCUUGAAACUCUAUCUGAAUUUGUCUAGCAAUCAUUUAACUGGGCCUUUACCGUUAGAGCUGAGCAAAAUGGAUAUGGUGCUUGCCAUUGAUCUGUCUUCAAACAAUUUGUCUGGUACAAUCCCAUCACAGCUUGGAAGCUGUAUUGCAGUAGAGUACCUCAAUGUCUCUGGCAAUUUCUUAGAAGGUCCUCUUCCAGCUUCAAUAGGACAGUUGCCUUAUCUUAAAGAACUUGAUGUAGCUUCAAACAGAUUGACUGGGGAAAUACCAGCAACUUUGCAGGCAUCAUCGACUCUAAUGCAGCUAAACUUUUCCUUCAACAUGUUCUCUGGCAACAUAUCCAGUAAAGGGGCAUUUUUGUCUCUGACAAUAGACUCUUUCUUGGGCAACAAAGGCCUUUGUGGAUCCAUAAAAGGCAUGCCUGCCUGCAAGAAAAAACAUGCCUAUCGAUCUGUUAUCUUGCCCAUCCUCCUGUCACUGUUUGGAACUCCUGUUUUGUGCAUAUGCGGGUACCCUAUAGUACGCAGGUCACGAUUCAGAAGGCAGAUGGUGAUACUAAAUGAUGAAGGACUGGAAGAUGAGGAAAAAGAAAGAAAUGAUCCCAAGUACCCGAGAAUCUCAUAUGGACAGCUAAUUCAAGCCACAGGAGGUUUCAGCGCUUCAAACUUGAUUGGUUCAGGUCAGUUUGGGCAUGUAUACAAGGGAACUCUCUGCGACAACACAAGAAUAGCCGUGAAGGUAUUGGAUUCAAAGGCAGCUGUAGAAUUUUCAGGGAGCUUUAAGAGAGAAUGCCAAGUCCUGAAGAGAACCAGGCACAGAAACUUAAUCAGGAUUAUUACAAUUUGCAGCAGGCCAGAUUUUAAGGCCCUCGUCCUCCCUUUGAUGUCAAAUGGGAGCCUGGAGAGGCAUCUAUAUCCAGCUCAAGGGACAAGCCAUGGAUUGGAUUUGGUUCAAUUAGUAAACAUAUGCAGUGAUGUAGCUGAAGGGGUGGCAUACUUACACCACCAUUCCCCUGUCAAAGUUGUUCAUUGUGAUCUGAAACCGAGCAACAUCCUCCUAGACAAGGACAUGACAGCUCUAGUGACAGACUUUGGGAUUGCUAGGUUGGUGAAAGGCAUUGAUGAGAACAUCCCCACCAAUGAUUCAAUGUCCUAUAGUUCAACUCAUGGCUUGCUCUGUGGAUCUAUUGGCUAUAUAGCACCAGAAUAUGGAAUGGGAAAACGAGCUUCGACUCAGGGAGACGUGUAUAGUUUUGGAGUACUUUUGUUAGAGAUUGUGACAUCCAAACGCCCAACAGAUGUCCUCGUUCAUGAAGGUUCAAGCUUACAUGAACUGGUAAAAAGCUAUUACCCAUAUAAGCUCGAAGCCAUAGUUGAGCAAGCACUGAGCAGGCACCGACCACCUACCAUGCCAGCUUGUUAUGACAAAAUAUGGAGAGAUGUCAUCAUGGAAUUGAUUGAACUUGGUUUAAUGUGCACACAGUUUUCUCCUGCGACAAGGCCAAGCAUGCUGGAUGUAGCUCAUGAAAUGGGAAGGUUAAAGCAGUAUCUCUCAAAUCCUUCAUCACUAUUGCUCAAAGAAUCUUCAUCUAUGACCGACACUUUUUCAUCAUAA